CACUUAACAACAAGGGGAGAGAAGCUAGGCCGCUGAGAAGGAAAGGGUUAAAUCUUUAUUCUCCCGCUUCGCAACCGCCCGGAAAGUGUGACUUAGGUUCCACCCCCAGAAUUCUGAUUGGCCUGAGCAAAUGCACAUCCUGGCGGUGGAGCGUGAUGCCGGCCUCGUUCUCCCCAGGGCGCCACCUUCUAGCUGAUGGUGGCCUCCCAGGCGGCCGUCCGGACAGAGGCACUCUAGCUGCCCUCUGAGGGCCAUGGGGCUGCCCGAUGGGUCCGGUGAGUUUCAGGGCGCCGCCCGAAUUCCGUGUGUCCGCCAAACGCUAGUAGUCCUGUGACUCCCGGCCUGGGGUCAGUUCAGAAAGGGAACUGCCAAAUCCCCAGCAGGCAUUUCCCGCCCGCAGAGCCUCGGUGUUACCGCUUUGCUGGUGGUUCCGCUGGUGGUUGUCCGGCAGCAGCGAGGGAUGGGGGCGGGAUCCGGCGCGACCCUCGAAGGCUGUACUCAGAGUCCCUGGAGUGCUAAUAAAGGGGCCGCAGGGAGGUGGCUGCCUGCCGUUGAGUCCAGGUCCAGGAGGUGUCCCGGCUGGGCGCCUUGGGACCGGGAGACAGACCGCUGCAGACAGGCUCUAGCCAGGCUGUGGAUGAGCCGCUUGAGUGAUGAGCGCUCUGGCGCUGCGGGCCCCUGUGCCCUCCCUUUGGGAGGUGCCAAACAUCAAGGCUCCGCCCCGCAGACGCGUGCUGCCUGGGGGGGUGGGGAGCCCUUUAAGAAGACUUGAGCGCUCUCGAAGGAGGGGGAGAGGGGCCUCUGAGGUCUCCCGGAGUCUGCGGUGCAGAGACUCUCUGAAGAUCUGUCUGGACCGGCUCUGCUCCCUCCUUCAACUCGGACACCCAGGUUAGAGGCUCUUCCCAGACCAAGGCCCACAACAGACACAGGCACUUCUGUCUGCAACACAAGAGAUGGAGCUGCAAAGACGAGACUACCAUGUGGAGAGGCCAUUGCUGAACCAGGAGCAACUAGAGGACCUGGGGCACUGGGGCCCGGUGCCCAAGACCUACCAGUGGCGAACUUGGUUUCAAUGCUCCCGUGCUCGGGCCCACGCUCUUCUACUCCAGCACAUUCCAGUCUUGGGCUGGUUACCCCGCUAUCCCGUGCGUGAGUGGCUCCUGGGAGAUCUGUUAUCGGGCCUGAGUGUCGCCAUCAUGCAGCUUCCGCAGGGCUUGGCCUAUGCCCUCUUGGCGGGAUUGCCUCCUAUGUUUGGCCUGUACAGCUCUUUCUACCCGGUCUUCGUGUACUUCCUGUUUGGUACCUCUCGACACAUCUCUGUGGGGACCUUUGCUGUAAUGUCUGUGAUGGUGGGCAGCGUGACAGAAUCCCUGACUGAAGAUGAGGCCUUCCUGCAAGGCUUGAACGCCACAGUUGAUGACGCCCGCGUGCAGGUGGCCUACACGCUCAGUUUCCUGGUUGGCCUCUUCCAGGUGGGGCUGGGCCUGGUUCACUUCGGCUUCGUGGUCACCUACCUGUCCGAGCCUCUGGUCCGCAGCUACACCACGGCGGCGUCUAUGCAAGUCCUCAUCUCACAGCUCAAGUAUGUGUUUGGCGUCAAACCGAGAAGUCACUCUGGGCCACUGUCCGUUAUCUAUACAGUGCUGGAGGUCUGUGCACAGCUGCCGGAGACUGUGCCCGGCACCGUGAUCACGGCGUUCGUGGCAGGAGUGGUGCUUGUGCUGGUGAAACUGUUGAAUGAAAAGUUGCAGCGACAUCUGCCCCUACCCAUACCUGGGGAACUGCUCACGCUCAUCGGGGCCACUGGCAUCUCCUAUGGUGUGAAACUGAAUGAAAGAUUCAAGGUGGACAUUGUGGGCAACAUCACCACGGGGCUGAUACCGCCAGUGGCACCCAAGAUAGAGUUGUUCGAAACACUUGUGGGGAAUGCCUUUGCCAUCGCUGUGGUCGGCUUCGCCAUUGCCAUCUCUCUCGGGAAGAUCUUUGCCCUGAGGCAUGGCUACCGCGUGGACAGUAACCAGGAGCUGGUGGCCCUCGGCCUCAGUAACCUCAUUGGAGGUCUCUUCCAAUGCUUCCCCGUGAGCUGCUCCAUGUCUCGGACCCUGGUACAGGAGAGCACCGGGGGUAACACACAGGUUGCUGGAGCCGUAUCUUCCCUCUUCAUCCUCCUCAUUAUCCUCAAACUUGGGGAACUCUUCCGGGACCUGCCCAAGGCCGUCCUGGCAGCCGUUAUUAUUGUGAACCUAAAGGGCAUGAUGAAGCAGUUCUCUGACAUCUGCUAUCUUUGGAAGGCCAAUCGAGUGGACCUGCUAAUCUGGCUGGUGACCUUUGUGGCCACAAUUCUGCUGAACCUGGACAUUGGCCUGGCAGUUUCCAUAGUCUUCUCCCUGCUGCUCGUGGUGGUCCGAAUGCAGCUGCCCCAUUACUCUAUCCUGGGGCAGGUGCCAGAUACGGAUAUUUAUAGAGACGUGGCAGAAUACUCGGGGGCCAAAGAGGUCCCUGGCGUGAUGGUCUUCCGUUCCUCGGCCACCAUGUACUUUGCCAACGCUGAGUUCUACAGUGACUCACUGAAAAAGAAGUGUGGUGUGGAUGUUGACCGCCUCAUCUCCCAGAAAAGGAAACGAAUCAAAAAGCAGCAGAUGAAGAUGAAGCGAAUGAAGAAAGCCAAGAAGUCCCAGAAACAGGCUGCCUCUUCCAACAUCUCCUCAGUUUCUGUCAACGUCAAGACCAGCUUUGAAGACAUCAAAAGCAAUGACGUGGAGGGCUCUGAGGCCAAGGUGCACCAAGGGGAGGCGCUGCAGGAUGUAGUCGCCAACAAUCAAGAAGACGACAAGGCCGCAACCGUGAUUACACUGAAGUCCCUGGGCCUGCCCCAGCCAGGCUUCCACAGCCUCGUCCUAGACCUGAGCCCCCUCUCCUUUGUGGACACUGUGUGCAUUAAGAACCUGAAGAACAUUUUCCGUGACUUCCGGGAGAUCGAAGUGGAGGUGUUCAUCGCAGCCUGUUACAGUCCUGUGGUCACCCAGCUUGAGGCUGGAAAUUUCUUUGAUGACUCUAUCACUAAGCAGCAUCUCUUUGCCUCUGUUCACGACGCUGUGACCUUUGCCCUCCACCACCGGAAGUCUGGCUCUAACAGCCCUGUUUUGGCCACCAAACUCUGACUUUGCUGCAAGAGACUGCCUACCUCUGGAGGCCGUGACAGGUCACCCUCAUGAAACCCCCUGCCUCUGGGCCACCUCCAGGUGCUGCCUAGGACUCCAGUCUGUGUACAUGCACAUUCAACUCAUGGAUGGAUGCCCUGGGAUUCCAAGUUCAGUGCUACAGGCCUGGGGCAGGGUAUUAAAGUCAGGCUGGCCUUGGCUGGGUGCUGGAGGGGAGAUGAUGAGUUUACAACUUUGGGAAUAAAUGUGUUUGUCCAA